GCGGGGCUUCUCUUCAUUACUGAUCUCCGCUCUGCAGCAGUGACAACCGAGCUCCCAGCAUGCCCGAGCCAGCCAAGUCCGCCCCAGCGCCCAAGAAGGGCUCCAAGAAAGCCGUCACCAAGGUCCAGAAGAAGGACGGCAAGAAGCGGAGGAAGAGCAGGAAGGAGAGCUAUGCCAUCUACGUCUACAAGGUGCUGAAGCAGGUGCACCCCGACACCGGCAUCUCCUCCAAGGCCAUGGGCAUCAUGAACUCCUUCGUCAACGACAUCUUCGAGCGCAUCGCAGGGGAAGCCUCCCGCCUGGCUCACUACAACAAGCGCUCCACCAUCACCUCCCGGGAGAUCCAGACCGCCGUGCGCCUGCUGCUGCCCGGAGAGCUGGCCAAGCACGCCGUCUCCGAGGGCACCAAGGCCGUCACCAAGUACACCAGCGCCAAGUGAGCGCCCCCCGCUCUCCGGACCCAAAGGCUCUUCUCAGA